CACCCUGGACAUCUUCCCUACGCUGGUGGCCCUGGCUGGGGCGGCGCUUCCCCCGAACAGGCGCUUCGACGGCUUGGACGUGUCCCCAGUUCUCUUUGGGUGGUCGGAUGUGGGGCACAAGGUUCUGCUCCACCCCAACAGCGGGGCAGCUGGGAAGGACGGCGAGAUAGAGGCACUACGGCUGGCUCAGUACAAGGCGUUUUACACUACAGGAGGGGCAAUGGCUUGCGAUGGGAGCACUGGCCCAGCUGAGCAUCACCAGCCACCCCUCGUUUUCAAUCUGGCUCGCGAUAUCCAGGAGCAGGAGCCUGUGGACGUGGCAUCCAGCGAGUAUCAGGCGGUGCUCCCUGCCAUCAGCAAGGCUUACGCCCAAGCUCUGGAGGACAUCGCAACGGACAACACCUCGGUUGCGGAUUACUCCAAGGACCCGGCCGCGACCCCCUGCUGCAACGCGCAGCACGUGGCCUGCCGGUGCCGAGCGCCCGGGUCUCACGCGGCCGUGCCGGGCCACCGCACGGGAAGAAGAGCAACGUGGCUUUGUCUGUGA